AUGUACAAAACUCGAGUCACACUGAAUCUGUGCACUUUGUCGUAAGAUUCGGUGUAUCGACGACACUUUGCCACACGAUUUGAAGUGACGUAAAGUGUGAUGUUCCCAAGUGUGGAAACACUGAAACAUCUAUCCUCUCAACCCGUCAACAAUUUUUUCGCUUUUUUUUUUCGCUCCUCCUCCACGCCCCCAUUCCCAUUGGGAUUUAUUCGUUGUCUUCUCUUCCCUGACCCUCUCACAGCAAAUGCAUAAUAUAUAUUUUGCCGUCAUUUUCAGAAUGGUACUGCUCAAAACAAUCACUUUACUCGUAUUCUACACCGCCUCGAUUCGGGCGAAAAUUCUGGAGAAGUAUGGGAAGCAAGUGCAGUAAGCAUGGCUUUUUUUCGUCAUUUCAUCCGGUUGAAUUGAAAACCGAUCGUCGCUUAAAGGUGGUUUCAGAUUAUCGAUUUUUUUGGCGUCACGGCACAGAAAAAAGCACAAAUUCUUUAAAAAAUAUUGCAAAUAAGUGUGUUCAGUGUAAAAACCGAUUGAAAAUUUAAGAGGCAAUGUCUGAGAACCUCGAAAUUCGCUAAUUACACCAGGUCACUAAAAAUUCAGAAUGCUUCAAUUUGUCUCAUAUUAUACCCAAUGGGUACUUACAUAACAGUGAUACAUCAGACAAGUUUUGGUCCGGCUCCUUGGUCCCUAGUCCGAUCACGGUCACAAAAUAGGUCAAACCUGUAACUAAUUUCAAAAAAAUGCUAGCGUCUCAGACUCAACGCCAUUCGAUUUCUCGCAUCUUUUUUUAAGCAUUUUUUUCAUGUUGGCACCAAAAAUUUAUCACCUUUCCUUCAUGGAGAAAUUUCGGAUUUUUUUCGUGAAAAAAAGUUGAGUUGUUGUGCAGUUUUUCCUCCGUGGUGAAAAAUUUUUUUGCACUUCAUAGCCACGAUUUUAUUUCAAAUUCAUAAUCUACGGACAAUUUUACGUCGAUAUACCAUACUGUCGCACAUUUGCCAAUUGACAUCAAAGGAUUUUUUUUCAAAAGUUUGAUCCGGUCUCAAAAAAAAGUUUCUGUUCUGCUUUUGGAAAACUUACAGAAACAAGGGAAUUUUUGUUUAUAGACGUUUUUCAUGCUAAAAACUGUAAUUCUGUUAUGUAUUCGUCAGGUACAGCUUUGUAAACGUAGCGUUUAAGAGGCAAUGUCUGAGAACCUCGAAAUUCGCUAAUUACACCAGGUCACUAAAAAUUCAGAAUGCUUCAAUUUGUCUCAUAUUAUACCCAAUGGGUACUUACAUAACAGUGAUACAUCAGACAAGUUUUGGUCCGGCUCCUUGGUCCCUAGUCCGAUCACGGUCACAAAAUAGGUCAAACCUGUAACUAAUUUCAAAAAAAUGCUAGCGUCUCAGACUCAACGCCAUUCGAUUUCUCGCAUCUUUUUAAGCAUUUUUCAUGUUGGCACCAAAAAUUUAUCACCUUUCCUUCAUGGAGAAAUUUCGGAUUUUUCGUGAAAAAGUUGAGUUGUUGUGCAGUUUUCCUCCGUGGUGAAAAUUUUUUGCACUUCAUAGCCACGAUUUUAUUUCAAAUUCAUAAUCUACGGACAAUUUUACGUCGAUAUACCAUACUGUCGCACAUUUGCCAAUUGACAUCAAAGGAGUUUUUUUCAAAAGUUUGAUCCGGUCUCAAAAAAAAGUUUCUGUUCUGCUUUUGGAAAACUUACAGAAACAAGGGAAUUUUUGUUUAUAGACGUUUUUCAUGCUAAAAACUGUAAUUCUGUUAUGUAUUCGUCAGGUACAGCUUUGUAAACGUAGCGUUUAAAACAUGUUGAAAUUUUUUGUCAGCCGGAUAGAUUUUUCGAGAUGUGUUCGCUUUUACCCAAUAUUUUAUGCUUUCUCUCGUUUUUAUUUUUCAAUGUUCAUCUUACUUUUUGUGAAGAUUUUAUUUGGUCGUUCUCCGAUUGAUUCAAGAACGGUAAACAAGAAGUACAUAUCAUAGGGGCACCGCACAGAAAUGGCGCUCUGUUGAGAAACUCUUUUUGCAGUGCAAAUUGAGCGACCUCGGGGCCGAGUUUGAAAGUUAGGCCACAUUUUCAGUGGAAAACUACUUCCUUCCACGAGUCAUCCUUCAUUUCUUGAGCGCGUCGCGAUCGUGCUGCUUUUGAUUGCCUUUUCGCUGCUUCACGGGAGAAGAAACCGGCAAUCUGACGGAAGUUUUUCCUUUGAUCCACUGAAAACCAGACUUGCCAGAUUUCGGGCCGGCCAUGCGGGCCGGGCCGGGCCGGGCCGGGCCGGGUCGGUGAAGUGCCGGCCCGGCCCGGCCCGGUCGGCCCGGUUCAAAAAGGCGGGAAUUCAAAUUUUUCGCGGAAAUUUUUUUCGUUAUUACAAAAAAAUUUCGAACUAAAGUUUUAGUGUUUCUUCUUUGUUUUUUUGCUAUUAUGAAUUUUUUAUGAGAAAUACAUUUGUUUUUCAAUGUUCGAUGCUUGCAAAAAACCCCUAAUUCUACAAAAAAUGGCUUCAUGCGAUCAAUAAUUCAAAUUUUUGAAUUCCCGCUUUUCGAACCGGGCCGACCGGGCCGGGCCGGGCCGGGCCGGAGUUUUGGAAAUUUCGGCCCGGCCCGGCCCGGCCCGGCCCGUGGCAACUAUGCUGAAAACCGCUUAGAACCGUCCGGAUUUCUAGCUUCUGCCAUUCUCUUUUCAACAAUUCUCGGAUCCGCAUGUUGACAUUUCUUACUUGAAGUACCCAUCCGUCCUCCAAUUCCGUCUUCUCGUUCGUCUCCUUCAGUUUUUUCACAGCAUUCGAAAUUAUUGGGCAACUUUUUGACCACUUCUUCCAAACCACGAAUAAAUUAUUUCAAUGAAAACGAUCGCGACGCGCUCAAGAAAUGAAGGAUGACUCGUGGAAGGAAGUAAUUUUCUACUGAAAAUGUGGCCUAACUUUUCAAACUCGGUCCCGAGGUCGCUCAAUUUGAACUGCAAAAAGAGUUUCUCAAUAGAGCGCCAUUUCUGUGCGGUGCCCCUAUCAUAUGUACUUCUUGUUUACCGUUCUUGAAUUAAUCGGAGAACGACCAAAUAAAUGCUUCACAAAAAGUAAGAUGAACAUUGAAAAAUAAAAACGAGAGAAAGCAUAAAAUAUUGGGUAAAAGCGAACACAUCUCGAAAAAUCUAUCCGGCUGACAAAAAAUUUCAACAUGUUUUAAACGCUACGUUUACAAAGCUGUACCUGACGAAUACAUAACAGAAUUACAGUUUUUUUAGCAUGAAAAAAACGUCUAUAAACAAAAAAAUUCCCUUGUUUCUGUAAGUUUUCCAAAAAGCAGAACAGAAACUUUUUUUUGAGACCGGAUCAAACUUUUGAAAAAAACUCCUUUGAUGUCAAUCGGCAAAUGUGCGACAGUAUGGUAUAUCGACGUAAAAUUGUCCGUAGAUUAUGAAUUUGAAAUAAAAUCGUGGCUAUGAAGUGCAAAAAAUUUUCACCACGGAGGAAAACUGCACAACAACUCAACUUUUUCACGAAAAAUCCGAAAUUUCUCCAUGAAGGAAAGGUGAUAAAUUUUUGGUGCCAACAUGAAAAAUGCUUAAAAAGAUGCGAGAAAUCGAAUGGCGUUGAGUCUGAGACGCUAGCAUUUUUUUGAAAUUAGUUACAGGUUUGACCUAUUUUGUGACCGUGAUCGGACUAGGGACCAAGGAGCCGGACCAAAACUUGUCUGAUGUAUCACUGUUAUGUAAGUACCCAUUGGGUAUAAUAUGAGACAAAUUGAAGCAUUCUGAAUUUUUAGUGACCUGCAGUUUUUGAACUUCUCAGACAUUGCCUCUUAAGAAAUUUGCACGAAAACGGAAAAAAUUCCAUCCGGGGACUAGAAAAAUCUCGGCCAGGUUUUCCAUUUCGCCGUGUACUUCUCUCGGUACCAUUAACUUUUUUGAAAAAAAUCUUAAUGCCGUGCCCAAAGUCUCGGAAAACCCGCAAAUCUCGCGGACUUUGCAGUCCAAAAUCGGCAUAAAUUUGCGGGAAAUCCGGGGUGCGCACAGCUGAACGAGUGUUACCGUACACCAUAAAACUACGGUAUUUUUUGAAAAUUUACCCAAUAAAUUCGAAAAAUUUCAAAUUUUUUCGAGAAAUUUAAAUUUUUUCAAAAAAUACCGUUGAAAAUUUACCCAAGAAAUUCGAAAAAUUUCAAAUUUUUUCGAGAAAUUUAAAUGUUUUCAAAAAAUACCGUUGAAAAUUUACCCAAGAAAUUCGAAAAAUUUCAAAUAUUGUCGAGAAAUUUAAAUUUUUUCAAAAAAUACCGUAGUUUUAUGGUGUACGGUAACACUCGUUCAGCUGUGCGCACCCCAGAUUUCCCGCAAAUUUCUGCCGAUUUUGGAGUGCAAAAUCCGCGAGUUUUGCGGGCUUUCCGAGACUUUUGGGCGGCAUAAAAAUCGGGGAAUUUUUUUUUCGUAAUUCGGGACUUUGGGAACGUGAAUGCCCCACUUCGAAAUGUAUUUUAAAAAUAUGUUGUAUGUCACGUUGGACACCACCUUUAAGCGCGUUUUUCAGUUUUCGGACGUCGUGUGGUCGCCGAAACUUUACGCAAACUUUCAGAUUAUCCCCUCCGACGACGUCGAGCUAUCAGGAGUGGUUCGACGCGAAUCGGGUGCACAGCACACGCAACAACACAAUAGUCGAGGACUUUCGAACGCAAUUACGACGGUCUUUAGGUUUGGUUUUUUCGGAAAAAAAAUUAAACAAGUGAAAUUGGGUGAUUUCAGAGAACACGACAGUGGCGUUCAACGCCACAUUCAUGCAGCAACUCGUCGACGAGCGACAGCGAUAUUUGCAAAAAUUGAACGAAGGUGAGCGCUGAUGUGUACGCGCUGCCGACCCGAUUUCGGGCACGUGCAGUCAUGUCCGAGUGGUUAAGGAGAUUGACUAGAAAUCAAUUGGGCUCUGCCCGCGUAGGUUCGAAUCCUGCUGACUGCGUCGACACUUUUUCGGCAUUUCUCUCCUAAAUCGAUUUUUGUUUUCCGGUCAAUUUAUAAAUGAUCAACGACGUCUCGUCGAGGAGCUUUUGGAUCCGGCGUACUAUGAGAAAACGGUGCAUCCGAAAAAGGAUUAUACGCGACCGACGCGCGUGAAUCUGAGCAUGAGCCUGUAUCAGAUUCUGGAUGUGGUAAGUGAAGUGACUCGGAUGAAUUUCUAUCAUUUCUAUGAUAUUUAUGUUUGCAGGACGAGCACAUGCAAAGCAUCGAAGUGAACGUUUGGAUGGUGCAGAACUGGUACGACGAGUUUCUCGAUUGGAACCCGCGCGAGUACGGCAUGAUCAACCGGACCAUAGUGCCCUAUAAUCAGAUUUGGAUCCCUGACACUUAUCUCUAUAAUAGGUACACUUUUUUGACAACCAUUUCCAUUUUGCUCAAAAUUGCAGCGAAGAAUUGGAGCAAAAAAAGACGGAAUCGCUGAUGAAUGCUCAACUGGAGACCGGCUACUGGGACAAGGGAGCCGGUCAGAAGGGCGCCAAAGUGCAAUUAAUGUACCCGGCGAUUUACAAACUCUCGUGUCGGAUGGACGUCCGCUGGUUCCCCUACGACCGUCAAAACUGCACAUUCAUCAUCUCCAGUUGGACGCAUGACAAGGUAAAACGAGCAAAACGUGUCGACGCAGUCAGCAGGAUUCGAACCUACGCGGGCAGAGCCCAAUUGAUUUCGAGUCAAUCUCCUUAACCACUCGGACAUGACUGCACGCCGAGACAGCGGACAGCAGGACGUAUACUCUCUCGCUCUUUUCGCUCUCUCGCGCGUUCCCCGACGCGUCCACGUCUCCUUUCCUUUUCUACUUGUCUUUUUACGGCCCGGAUGAAAACCGCCCGAGCUUGUCUCAUUUUUUUGCAGACUUGCCAAAUCCCGGGCCAGCAAAUCGUCGGCCCGGCCCGGCCUGGUCGGCCCGGAAGUUAGACCUCAAAAAAAAUAUGCAAAAAAAAUAUGAAGGAAGAGGAAAACGCGUGCGGCAAAAUUGCUAAAAUGGCGUGCCAGAGUUGCAAUCAAUCGCUCCGCCCACUCUUGAGAAAAUUUUCGUAAUUUUUGUGAAAAUUUUGCGACUUUAAACAGCAAUUUCUAUUUUUUAAUUUUUAGGUGCAUCCUCCCGGGCCGGGCCGGAAAAUUUCCAAUUUUGGCCCGGCCCGGCCCGUUGCAAGUCUGUUUUUUUGCAGCAAACAAUCGACUACUGGCCGCUGAGCUCGACCGUGAAUCUCGGAAAUAUGGCCAGAAACGACGAGUGGGAAGUGAUCAGCUUCGAGUUUGUGCGCGUCGAGGAGUCGUUCAAGUGCUGCGCGGCGCCGUGGGUGAUGCUCUACGCGCACCUCGUGAUCCGCCGAAAGCCGCUGUACUACAUGAUCAACCUCGUCAUCCCGACCUCCAUCAUCACCAUCGUCGCCGUCACCGGAUUCUUCACUCCGACCUCCUCCUCCAGCGAACGCGACGAGAAACUCUAUUUGGGCAUUAACACACUGCUCACCAUGUCUGUGAUGAUGCUGAUGGUCUGCAAUCAGAUGCCCUCCACGAGCACCUAUGUGCCUUUGAUGAGUGAGUGUUGUACAUUUAUAGGUGGUGUCCAACGUGACAUACAACAUAUUUUUAAAAUAAACUUCGAAGUGUGGCAAAUUUCUUGAAUUUUCAAUUGUUUUUUUCACUGAACACACUUAUUUGCAAUAUUUAAACAAAUUUGUGUUUUUUUUUCUGUGCCGUGACGCCAAAAAAAUCGAUAAUCUGAAACUUUCAAAAUUCAGAAAAAAUCAGCCACUUUUAAAGCCGAAAAUAGAAAGCUUUGGAUUUUUCGCAUUACUUUGAAAAAUAUAAGUUAUAUAUAACUUAUAUAUAACUUUCUGUAACUCGCAAACUUUAAUUAAGACUCAGGAAAUGAUUGAGCGAUGUCUUUCUAUUUAUUUUUCAGCGCGCAAACCGAAGAUUGAGCGAAAAACCCGGAAAAACCACAAAAAAAGUUUCAGAUUAUCGAUUUUUUUGGCGUCACGGCACAAAAAAAAUCAUUUUUUUUUUUUAAAUAUUGCAAAUAAGGGUUUUAAGUGUGUUCAGUGUAAAAACAAUUGAAAAUUUAAGAAAUUAGCACGAAAACGGAAAAAAUCGGAAGAAAGGGGAAUUCCAUCCGGGGACUAGAAAAAUCUAGGCCAGAUCUUCCAUUUCGCCGUGUACUUCUCUCAGUAUCAUUAACUUUUUUGGAAAAAGUCUUAAAAACCGGGAAUUUUUUAUUUAAAAGUUUAUUUUAAAAAUAUGUUGUAUGUCACGUUGGACACCACCUUUAUGAAGCUUUGGAAAGUGUGAAGGUAUUUACGUUGAACAUUUGUCAGGCUGGUACUACAUCGGAAUCAUCAUGGUCAUUGUCGUCGGCACGUUCCUCGCCACCAUCGUUUUGGCCAUUCACGGACAGAAACACUACAACAAGCCGAUAUCGGAUCGAAUUCGAGGACUCAUCUACAACCCGCUCGUCGAGUUUUUCAUUUUGAGGUUUCAAACGCUCCAAAAUCUUAAACUCAAAAAAGGUGUCACGAUUUGCAGUCCGCCCACUUCACUUCUCGACCUCUGGACCGAGUUCGGUGUCAUCUCCGAGAAGCGUCACUCGACGAACCUGGACCCGCUUCUCCUGCAGCACAUGGAUCCUGUCUCGGUGCGUUUCUUUUUCUCGGCUGUAGUAAUACAUACCCCAUACUCCUCUCUAUCCAUCCGUUUUGCUCCUCCGUUCCGCCGUCUCCUUGUUAGUCGGCUUUUGUCUGUUUUCAGCACUCGACGCCCGACGCUCAACACUUUUUCGGUUCGAUCUCGUCACAAAUGAACGAUCUGCAGUCGACGUACAGCUACACGGCACGUCUUGCGACGAUCACUCGACAAUACACGCAACACGUACUGUUUUGGUUAUUUCGUCACCUUGUGUUUCUUACCCACCUCCCACCCACCUCAGUUUUCUCCUAACAUUCGUGUCUAGUUUAUAGUUUAGUUUGCAAGUCAAACUGUGAAAAUCGAAACCGAAAACGAGUUUAGGCGAAGAUGAAAGCGUUGCGCAAGAACCAAUACCGAAUGAGCAUGGACACGAGUCAGGCGCGGAGUGUCAAAAAGCAAAAGAUGCAGCGGAGGUGCUCGCUGGAGUGGGAGUUCCUGGCGAACGUGCUCGACCGCAUCCUGCUCACCGUCUUCUGCGGAUUCACGUUCGCCGUCUUCCUCGUCCUCGUCGGCUUCGACUCGUUCUUCACCGUUCACACGAAGGCAACCACUCGCGUCGAUCCGAUUUGA